AUAAAAACAGAACGUGUUCCGUUUUCAAGCGAGAUCAACGUCGUGCUCGUUUUCGUGGCCGUGCCGAGAAUUUCCUGAUAGUGGUACGAAAUGUCAACAACAAUCGCAAUUAACGGUAAUCACUACCAGCAAUUGCAUCAAGGACGUACCAGUAUGUACAAGUCCAAAGUGGAUGUUGUCCUAGGCGCCCAAUGGGGCGAUGAGGGAAAAGGCAAGGUGGUAGACAUGCUCGCUUCGGAAGUGGACAUUGUGUGCAGGUGUCAGGGCGGAAAUAACGCUGGACAUACUGUGGUGGCAAAUGGCACCGAAUUCGAUUUUCAUCUGUUGCCCAGCGGCGUCGUGAACGAGAAGUGCAUUUCGGUCAUCGGCAACGGCGUCGUUAUUCAUCUGCCUUCGCUGUUCGACGAGGUGCUGAAGAAUGAGGCUAAGGGAUUGCAGCACUUGGAGAAUCGUUUGAUUAUCUCGGAUCGUGCGCAUCUGGUGUUUGAUUUCCAUCAGCAUGUUGACGGUAUGCAGGAGGCUGAGAAGGGCGGCAAAUCGCUGGGCACCACCAAAAAGGGUAUUGGUCCGGCCUACUCCAGCAAAGCCACACGCAAUGGCAUUCGCGUGGGCGAACUUCUUGGUGACUUUAACUUGUUCAGUGAGAAAUUCAAAUCAAUUGUGAACACACAUUUGCGAUUGUUCCCAUCGAUUAAGGUCGAUGUGGAGGCCGAGUUGGCACGGUACAAGGAUUACGUGGAUAAGGUGCGGCCAUAUGUCAAGGACACGAUUUGUUUCUUGCACACGGCACUUCGCAACGGCAAGACUAUUUUGGUGGAAGGCGCUAAUGCAGCCAUGCUGGACAUUGACUUUGGCACAUAUCCCUAUGUGACCAGCAGCAAUUGCAGCAUUGGCGGUGUGUUGACCGGCUUGGGUUUGCCACCACAAACAAUUGGCGAGGUCAUUGGCGUUGUCAAGGCGUACACGACGCGUGUGGGCGACGGUCCUUUCCCCACGGAGCAGUUGAACGAAAUUGGCGAUCUACUGCAGACGCGCGGCUUUGAGGUUGGCGUAACUACGAAGCGUAAGCGCCGCUGCGGCUGGCUGGACAUUCCGCUGCUCAAAUACACGUCGCUGGUUAACGGUUACACUUGCAUUUGCAUAACGAAGCUCGAUAUUCUGGACACCUUGCCCGAGAUUAAAGUGGGUGUGAGCUAUAAGCGCAGCAAUGGUGACAAACUGGAUCAUUUUCCCGGCACCAUCAGCGAGCUGAGCGACAUUGAGGUGGAGUACGCUGUGCUUCCCGGCUGGCAGACGUCCACUGAGCACAUACGCAACUUCAAGGAGUUGCCCCAGAACGCACAAAACUACGUACGCUUCUUAGAGAGCCAACUAAGCGUACCCGUGCGCUGGGUGGGUGUUGGUAAAGGCCGCGAAUCUAUAAUUAAUGUACAUUAGUUAGCCAUAAACAUUAUAAAUAUGCGUACAUAUACGAGAGGGAAACGCUUUAAAAUCUAUUUAACCCAUUAGCCAGAGUUGCGCCUGUUUUUGCAUUCGGGGCGUUUAACUAUAAACUUAACCGUAAAGUAAUAUCUAUAACUACAACAAUUUGGACACAAACUUUUAGCCUAUUGCUUUCUUAAGUUAUAUAUUUUAGUUUGAUGGACACCAUUAUCUGAUUUUUAUUUGUCGAUUUACUAAAAAAAAUCGCACAGGCUUAUAUUUUCGUUUGUUGAGACGUACUUAGGUUUUAAGAUCGUCGAGUGGUUUUUAAUUUUGAUAUGCAUAAAAGAGUAACAGAUUUUUAUUGUACAAAAACUAAUUAACGUUGAUUUAAUAUUUAAAUACAACAUUGUGCUUUGACUUGUAUAAUUUUAAUUGUAAUCUAUAUAGAGUUAUUUGAUUAUUGGUCCCACUUCAGUCGCAUUUGUUUGUCGCAAAUUAAUUGAGAAUGCGUAAUAAAAAUAACAUAGUCGAA